GACGCGCGGUGUCAAAGCAUCCCUAACUGUACUUCGGAACUGUUUAAUAGCACAGUGACGGGUUCACUUGAAUUUGCGUUAACUCCGGCACUUUCGUAAAGCAUUCAGUGGAUCCGUGAAACGUGGCUUUGCAGUUAAAAUAGCUAUUUAAAAAGCAUCUGCCGUUGAUCAGGUCAGGACUAUGAUGUUAGCAAUCCAUAGACUAUCAACUGGACAAUUCAAGCCGAUUGUAUAGAAUGGCCGCCUUGUUCUCUCACGCUCUUGGGGUGCUGUCAAGAUUACUUUUCGCCCUGCGAUCGGUUUGCUCCCUUCGUCGGCUAGUUAUUUUGCUACCUGCUGGGAAAGCUGCUCCUCGGUUAGACAUACAGUGGUCUAAUGGACGCAUCGGUGGUCUUUGUCAACUUCACUCAGCCGAUGCGCCAUCCGCAACAGAUGAGGCAUACACGACCACCACAUGUGUUACGGAUUUCGAUGGGGAAGGCCCAUACGACCUCGAACGACAGUUCAGUUCCAGCCUCAAAUGCUGUCCCUUACCAUCCGACGAACGCACAGAUAGGAGAACUCAUUGUGAAGAGCAUCACUCAGACAGAGGGUUAGUCGAUGCAUACUCGAAAGUGCGCGCACCCAGUCGUCGGGCGCACGCUCGUAGCUCAUCAAAUGGCUGUGUUCACCGUUCUGCGUGUCCCACAACAACGGGUUUUACAACUACUGUCACUGUCCCUCAAACAGUUUCUACUCAAAGGAAACGCAGUAGACAUCUUACUCGUGGUCAGCGUGCGAAGAAGUCCCAUGGAUGCACUCAACCGUCUGUUCGGUCCUUUGCGGGGUUAUCCAAAGAGUCUCACAAAGCUCCUUACUUGCAAUCUUCCAAACUGCACUCGGUUUAUUCUGGCCGGAUACCCGAAAGUGAACGAUCCAGCUCAGAGGAUACAGACGCUACAAUGGAUCCUCAUAGUUCCCACCGCUUGUGCGAUGCCAAGCGGAUCAAUCAACUUGAAAUGGAAAUGUUUCAGCUUCGCUCUCAAUUGGCUCGCCUACUUUUGGCCCAGGAAGGCAAACGAUUGUUAGCCACUUCAAGUGAGGAGUUCGAUCAACGUCUAGAAGGUGACGGCGAAAGUGAUGCGGGACCGGUGGACGUACGCGAUGCCGAGUUAUCCCACCCAACUGUGACUGUUGCCUCCGAAACUUCGGAGACAGCCCCAUUACCGAUCGCCACUCCGUCCUCGUCUCUACCACCGCCACCGCCGCCGCCGCCACCACCACCACCACCCUCACCCGCAGCUCAGUUCGACUGGCGCGCACAGUUGAUUGCAGCCAGAAAGAAGAAGGAUGGGACUGACUCGGUGACUUCAACUCAAGGAGCACGAAUCCCACAGAAAGCAGCCGACAUGGGUCAGGUCCUUCGGGAACUCCAGUCUGGAGCUAUAAAGUUGCGUGCUAUACCACGAUCACCUGGUGGAACUCCUGUUCGCUCUCACCCAUCACCGAAAAGCAAUGACACCGACCCCUGCUUCAUUAUCGCUCGGGCCCUGAAGAACAAGUUUGGUGGUGCCCGUGCUGUACUUAACUCAUCUAGUAGCGGUUGCGAGAAUACUCAAGGGAGUUCUUUUUGUGAGUCACCGCAAGCCGCUGAAGUGAAGCCUGCCACAGCGAAUCGAGUGGAUAGCAUUGCGCCAUUCGGGAAACACCUCCUACGACCAGUCGUGAGAACUAAUCGCGAGGCUGUUUGAUUAGUCGAAUUUCAUACCGAAGGAAACUUUGAUUUCAUUGGUUUUCACCUUGAAGCUUUUCUUUCCUGAUCAUAUUUGAUGGGAAUCAGUAGCGACGCUGGUUCUCUCUCAGCCCCUCCCCCACCAAUGUAUCUAAUCUAGAUUCAUUGACGAAUAGGUUAUAAACUUUGAACUCAUUGUAAACCUCAUUCACCAUCUCCUCAUUUCAAACUCCCAUAUACAAUAUGGCUGCGAAGUUUGCAUCUGCUUUCUGAAACUUGCACUGCAUGUAGUGACAGUGGCUCGGCCUGGUUAACCAGCUAUGAUUCGGGCACCGAAUCGUAAUGAAUAC